AGGGCAUCUUAACGGUCUCAGCAUAUCUUCCCCAACAGGUAAAGCUCCAGAUGGCCCUGGAACUUGUGAGGAAAGAGAUGGAGGAGGCCUUGACGCAGGAGGCCAACGUGGGGAAGAAGACUGUCAUUUGGAAGGAGAAAGUGGAAAUGCAGAGGCAACGCUUCAGGCUGGAGUUCGAGAAGUACCGCGGCUUCCUGGCCCUGGAGGAGCAGCUGCAGCUGCGGCGGCUGGAGCAGGAGGAGCGCGCCACGCUGCAGAGACCGGCCUUGGAUCUGCUGGAGGGGGCGAGAGGAACCUUGAGCCGAAGUAAGAGUGUCACACAGCUGGAACCGGAGACCAUCCCCCUGGAGCUGAGGACCAUGUGUCGAAUCCCUGGGAUGAGAGACAUGUUGAGGAAGUUCCAAGUUGAUGUAAAGCUGGACCCGGCCACAGCGCAUCCUAGCCUCCUCUUGACUGCUGACCUGCGCAGUGUGCAGGACGGAGAACUGUGGAGGGAUGUCCCCAACAACCCCGAGCGAUUUGACACGUGGCCCUGCAUCCUGGGUCUGCAGAACUUCUCAUCAGGAAGGCAUUACUGGGAAGUCAUGGUGGGAGAAAGAGCUGAGUGGGGUUUAGGAGUCUCUCAAGACACAGUGUCAAGAAAGGGGGAAACUACACCAUCUCCCGAGAACGGAGUGUGGGCCAUGUGGCUGCUGAAAGAGAAUGAGUACAUGGUCCUUGCCUCCCCAUCGGUGCCUCUCCUCCACCUAGAACGGCCUCGUCGCAUUGGGAUUUUCUUGGACUAUGAAGCAGGUGAAAUCUCCUUUUAUGACAUCACAAAUGGGUCUUACAUCUACACAUUCAGCCAACUGUUCAAUGGUGUUCUCCGACCUUACUUUUUCAUCUGUGACACAACUCCUCUUGUCCUGCCACCUAUGACAGAAGCAGAGUCAGGAAAUAGCGCAUCCAGCAGUCAUCCUAAUCCUGCUUCUAACAUUAGAGAUGACCAUUCCUAAAAUUCUGUCUGGAGAUACACUCCAAGUGUAGCAGUUUCCUGGAGCAGAGUGGAGGAAAUACAAAUGCGAGGCCUGAACAAAUGUCCCCGUUUAGGACAGCACGUUAGUCAUUGCUGCUAUGGAAAAGUUCCCACAGGGACAAAAGACAAAGUAUGAACUAUUUGCAUUGGGAAGAGCAUUGUGAAAUUGAAAUAUAAUAAUAUUAGAAAUGGAAUAUUCCCAUCACUUUUUAUCAAGAUGGCUCCACAUGCUUUCUUGAGGACUCUUUUAAAAUGAAUUUUGUAUUAAAUAUAUUUACAUAUUCAU